AUGACUUCAAAACGGUCCUUAUCUCAGGCAGAAUUGGAAGAAGAAGUGAGAAAAAUUAUGGAGGGAGGAGACAGUGAUCCAGAUCCAUUUGAGGAUAGUGGCAGUGAUUGGGAAGAAGAUAAUAUUGAAGUAGAAUCGAUGAAGGGAUCAGAUGAUUCAAAUGAUGAAUUCUAUUUGGACGAGAAUGUUCCUGUAAAUGAACAAGAAACGACUACUUCGGCAGAGAAAAAGAAUGAUGACGGCCAUGUGAACUCCGACGAUCCCGUACAUUAA